AUGCCAUCAACAUAUAUACCACUCUGGAAGCAAUUUGGUUUUAAGAGCAUGGACGAGCUAAGGAGAUUCUACUAUUACAUAAGAGCCAAGGAGAUCGAGAAGCAUGAACAAGAGACGAGGGAAAGAGAUGAGCGUGAAGACGCAGAUAGAAGGAAGAGAACAAGCAUGUCUUCCACAGCAGGCGAGACUGCCUCCGAGAAAGACGAAGGAUCCUCCCAGGUGAUGCCUGAGGAGGAGGAACAAGAUGCGCCAUCUAAAACCUAA